AUGACAGACCAGAAAGACAUCUGGAAAACUCGAUAUUAUCUUAUCCCUAGAACAUAUAUGAUUCUAUCGGGUUUAUGGCCGUACCAUAGAUUUUGCGAUAGAUGUAUACAUUUUAUAUCGAUAUUUACGUUCUGCUUUAGUAUUCUAAUAUCGCAGUUACUGUACCUAAUAAUUGAUUCAAUGAACAUCAAUGACGUGAUAGACAGUGCAACGUCAAUGAUUAUCAGCAUAAUAUUCAGCUUUAAAAUGAUAGUUUUAUUGUUUAAUAACAAGAGAGUAAUGUCUUGUCUUAAGGUGAUAGAAGAGGAUUGGUUUACAAAUAUAGAAACAAAUGCAGAAAAGAUUAUUCUGCAACGCCAUACUGAAUACGGACAAUACUUAAAUUAUUUCUUUCUAGUUUUCAUGCACUUGGUGCAAGUUUUUUAUUUAUUAAAACCAGUUGUGCUGACAUUAUUAGAAGCUGAUAUCAUGAAUUCUACGAAGUCUUUAUCGAAAUUGCCAUUUUUUGUCGAAUACAGUGUGGAUGUAGAACGGUACUUAUAUCCAAUAAUGAUUCACUGUUAUUUAGCCGUAUUUGCUCAUGUAUUUAGUACAAUCGCAGUUGAUAUCUUAUAUUACACUUUAAUUCAACAUGCCUGCGGGAUGUUCUCGAUCAUUGUAUACGUAUUAGAAGAAAUUGGUAAAAAUAUUAACGCUAAUUUUCAUCUAAAAUUAAACAAGACAACAGACAAUGAUUACAAGAAAGCAUUGAAUUGCUUACGUGAACAUUUGCAAGUAAUAAAGUGCAACGAAAUCGAAUCUACAUUUACAAAUGUAUUUUUAAUCAGUAUUAAUUUAAAUGUGAUUUGUGGAAAUAUGUGCGGUAUACAAAUAAUAUUGAAGUUGGGAAAUGCUGAAGAUAUAACAGCAUCUUUGGCUAUCUAUGUAGCGCAACUCAUUCAUAUUUUUCUACAAUUUUGGCAAGCUCAGUUUUUGUUAGAUUACAGUAUUGCUCCAUGGGAAGCUAUUUGCAGAGGAAACUGGUAUUAUACUUCAAAUAGAUGCCGCAAACUCUUUCUUCUAAUUAUGAGCAGAACAAUGUCGCCAUGCAGAAUAACUGCCGGAAAAAUUAUAAAUUUAUCAAUUGAAAGUUUUGCUGCGGUUCUGAAAACAAUAAUGUCUUGUUUUAUAAUGCUACGUUCUGUUCAGUAAUGAAAUUAUUAUAAAGAAGUAACUAUACAUGCAUGAUAACAACAUUUUAGUAAUACAAAACAAAUUUUACUUCUAUUUAUCUAAUAAAUAAAUCCAGUUAUCUUAAAAUCCAUAUUUUAUCAAUACAUAUAGUCUGCAUUCUUCAUCAAUAUUUCUUAUAUUUAAUUUAUAUCUAAUAUCUCAAUUUUUAUAAAAUUUAUGAUUA